GGGUAGGGUAUGUGGGGUCCUGGCCCCAUGGCGGGGCCCAGAGGGGCUGGGGCAUAGGGAUCAGGGUCUGCGGGUCUUGUCCUGCCCCAUGGCAGAGCAUGUAGGGUCUGGGACUGUAGGGGCUGCUGCCCUUAGAGUGUGUUGUGCCCCGUAUUGGAGCCUAUUGGGUUUGGGGCCAUAGGGGUCGGGGUCUGUGCAGCCUCUCCUGCCCCAUGGCAGAGUCCAUAGGGGCCAGAGUCAUAGGGGCUGGUGUCUUUGGAACGUGUCCUGCCCUAUGAUGGAGCAUAUAGAGGGGCUGGGGUCCAUGCAGCGUGUCCUGCCCCAUGGCAGAAACCAAUGGGGCAGGGCCUAUAGGAGUUAGAGUCUGUGGGUCCUGUCCUGCUUUGUGGCAGAGUCUAUAGAGCUGGGUCCGUAGGGGCUGCUGCCCUUGGAGCUUGUCCUGCCCCAUGGCAGAGACUAUAGGAGUGUUGUCUGUGGGGGCUGUUGUCCUUGAAGUGUGCCCUCCCCCAUGGUGAAGCCCAUAGGGCUGUGCCUGCUGGUGUUGUCCUUCCUGGGUGUGCUGUGCCCUGUGGCAGUGCCUAAAGGGCUGGGCUGUAGGGCUGCUCUUCCGGGGCUGUGCCCUGCCCCAUGGCAGAAUUUACGGGGAUUGAACCCUGCAGCAGGUUCCACAGGGGCUGACUCUGUGCAUAGGGGUUGCUUGACCCUGCAGUCCCCAUACAGUCCCCAUAGGGUCCCCAUACAGAUCCAAUAGGGGCUGGCUCUGUUGGGAGGUGCUCUGCCCUACAGCAGUCCCCAUAAGUCCUUGUUCUGGGGUGUGACGUGCCCCAUAGCGCAUCUCAUAGGGUGUCCUCCAGCAGGGGGUCUGCUGUGCUUUGGGUCUUCCCCCUCCAUCUAUGGGAUCUCUCAGGGACCCUCUGUCCCCGAUAGCCCCUCCCUGCCCUUGUAGGUGCCCUGCCCCUUCCAUAGGGGAUCUGCAUUUCCUUAUAGACCCUCUGGGUCCCCAUGCACUCUUCUAUAGGGCAUGCUGUUCUCCUCCCACAGAGCCCCACUGUGAUGUUCCCAUAGGCAGUGCUCUGUAGGGCCCCAGAGCCCCACAGAUCCCAUUCCUGUCCCUUUCAGUACUGCUCUGCUUGUAAAUUCCACGCGGCCUUUGUGGCUCCGUCCUUAUCUCUGCUGAUAAGAGCCACGUCCCAGCCCCAGUCCUCCCACCCCGAGCACCUCUGGGAUUGUGAGUCCGCUCCCUCUGGACCUUGUUAGGACUGAGAUAAUCAUUUUGGAGCUGCCCAAGGACAAGCCCCAUCCCACAGCGGGGAAACGCGUUGCUCCAGGACAUCACUACGUCACUGGGGCCGACCCUUCCCGGCUGCGGGUGGCCGUAACGUGGCACCUCCUGCAUCUUUAAUGCUGCCCUACUUCGCUCGGCACUCAGCUUCAAUGGGAGAGAAAUGCCAAAUGUGUGCGGGGUGGGACACGAUACCUCUGGCCCCAGUGUCCCCAGUGCCACUGGGGUCUUGGUGCCAACAGAUCUUGGUGCCAAUGGGACGCUAAGUGCCAACUGGCACUGCCCCCAUCCCUGUGGUGCAGGGUAGAGCUGCCCGGGUCACCUGUCCCCAGGAUAACCCAUCCCCGUGCUCCGUGCCCGCUGCUCCAACCCUUUGUUUGGAGUGUGCGGAUCGCUCUGGGCUGGGUUCGCUCCCCACCACCCUGACCAGUCGAGCUGGUUUGGAGUGCGGCUUUCAGCUUGAAUCCCAUAGAUAAGGAUCCCAUAGAUAACAAUUCUGUAGAUAGUGCGGCUUCCAGCUUGGAUCCCAUAGAUAAGGAUCCCCUAGAUAGUGAUGCUAUAGACAAUGUGAUUCCCAGCUUAGAUUCCAUAGAUAACAAUCCUACAUACAGCACAUGUUCCAGCCCUGAUCCUGUCAGCAGCAAUUCCAUACGGUGCAUGGCUUCCAGCCCCAAUUCCAUAGAUAUCUAUCCCGUAGUAGCUCCUUUUCCGGCUUGGAUCCCUUAGGCAGUGAUCCCAUAGAGAGCAUGCCUUUCAGUCCUAUAGCAAUCGAUCCCAUAGAUAACCCCUCUUCCAGCCUGGAUGCCAUAGAUAGUGAUCCCGUAGAGGCGCAGCUUCCAGCCCUGAUCCUGUAGCUCACCCACCACUUGUGACCCCAUUUUGCCCCAUUGCAGUUCCUUGCAGCACCUCCUGCUCCUGUUCUGGGGUGGUUUGUGCCUCCGUUCCCAGCAUCCUAAUGGUGGUGCCAGCGCUCGUGGGCUGUCAUUGGGUUGGCAGGCACUGAUGGGACGUUGUCGGAGUUGGCCAUUGGGGUUGGCCAUGGGGAUGGCUGCUAUCCUAGACCAUUGGUGUUGGCCAUUAGGGUUGGCUGUGCUCGUGGGCUGCUGGAGUUGGCCGUCAGGGUUGGCUGUCAGCGCUGGCUGUUGGGCUUGGCUGCUUUUGUGGACCAUUGAGCUGACCACGGGAGUUGGCCGUUGGGGUUGGCGAUUAGUGUUGGCUGUUGGGAUUUGCCACGCUCGUGGACCACCGGUUUGUGACCCACUGGCAGCCACCUGUCUGAAGAUGGCUUUCUGCAACAGCCACUGGGUUUCAGGGCUGCAUGCCCAGUGCAGCGGGGCAAGGAGUGGGACGGGGCCAUCAGUCCCCAUUGAUGAUUAACCUGAGUGCUCGGGGAGCGUGGUGACGUCCCUGGGCGUGGGGCAGGACGCGGCCUCGUGACGCGCUCCUGGUUUCGGGUUUCGGCGAACCUUGCGCAGCCCAGGUUUGUCGGGGUUGCGGGCAGGGCGCUGUCAGCGCACAGAGCCGCUCAGACUUUGUCCCUGUUGAGCAAUCAGCACUGCAGGUGGAGCAGAGCUUUUGGUGCAAAGAGCCCGAAGCCCAGAAAACAGGCAGAAAAAAAGAGAUUUUUGUGCUCGGAUCCCGCUGUCCCCGUUCCCGUGCCACAGACUGGGACGUGCGGUGCUGAUGGCCUUCCCCUCCCGGCGCUGCCCGCCUGUUGCACAACAGCUCUGUGGGUUGCGGUGCCCACAAAGGGCCCUUUGUGCUCCCUAUCUGCAUGAGCGGAGCUGGCCGCCUGCCACGCGCGGCCGCGGGGACCCACGGGCAGAGCCGAGUGCCGUUGUGCUCCGUGGGCAAAGUGCCCCCGGGGACCACAAAUGGGGUCCCCCUUUUUGUCGCCCUGAUUUGCACUGCGAUCCCCUCCCGGGGGCUGUGCGCGGCCGUGGGGUCAGUGCUGCGUUCCUGUGUUGGAAUGCGAUCUGUUCCCCUUUAUCUGAGCACUGGAGCCCGGCCAGGAUGGGGAAUUCUCGGGGAUUAGUGCUCACCUGCUCCUGGCUCGAGCUGUGGGGCUGACCCACUGCGUGCCCAUGGAGGAAAAGAAUCUGUCCUCACUGCUGCAUCCCAUGGGGUGGCCAUAGGGUGGCAGUGGGGUGGAAAUGGGGACAUCAUAGGUGUAGAGUGACUGUAGCGACACUGUGACCACGGGGUGGCAAUGAGUGCAUCAUGACCGUGGGGUGGCAAUGGGGAAAUGGUGCCCAUGGGGUGACCUUAAUGACACAGUGUUCAUGGGGAAACCAUGACCGUGGGGUGGCCAUGGGUUGCCCAUAAAGACUCAAUGGCCAUGGGGUAGCCAUAGGUUGACCAUAGGGUGACCACGGGAUGACCACGGGGACAUUUGGGAUCUGGUGCCAGUCUUGUUACUGUGAUGCCUUGUGGGGACAACGCACUCAUGGCAGCAGCCCACGUCCCCAUGGCCGCCCCACUGAGUGCCAGGUGCUAUCACCUCCGCCAUCUGCUCAGGGCUGGUUCCCUGCUGGGGCCGAGCUUGGCACCCACCCUCUGCCAUGUGUUGGGGUUGGCAAAACCUCAGCGCCGGCACCGUGGGGUCCCAGUGGCCAUUUGUGCUCUGCAGUGUGCCCGGAGCUGAGGCUUUGGGGUGGGCAUGGGGGCAGAUGUAGGGGCUGCAGGGGGGUGACAUUGAGACCAAAAGCUGAAAACGUGGGAUGUUGGUGCCGUUCUCCCUUUCUUUGUACGUGCGGGACGUGGUGACCCCGGCUCUGUGCCACUAUCCCAUGGCCGUGCGCUGAGUGCGGUGCCCGCGGUGCUGCUCGCGGCGCAGUUAUUUUGGGCAGCGCACGGAGCUGCCGGCACUGGAGGCAGUGGUGGAGGAGCGCAGCGCUGUGGGGCCGGGGCUGCCUGGGGCUCUCCCGUCGCUCUGCAUCAGUCCCGACGGAGCUCCCGGCGCUGCGGUGACCGCGGUUCGCUGGUGGCGGAGGGCGAGCGAAGGACAUCGGUGAGUGCCGGCUGCCAGUGAUGCGCGGGGUCGGUCUGGCCCCAUGGGGUCGGAGCUGCGUGGGGCUGGGGGUGCUGCGUGGGGCUGGCGGUCUGCAGGUGCUUUCUGUGAGUAUUUCGCUGUCGGCUCGAUCCGGGGAAGGGGCUCUGUCUGUGCAGUGACCACAGCGGGAUCGGGGGCUGUGCUGUGCGUGGGAGCAGAGCCACCGGGUCCCCAGCCCUAUGGGGUCUCCUCCCUGCCUUGGGUCUGCAUCUGUCCUGUGGGGCCAUGUCCUCCCUACGGGACAAUGUCUGUUGUAUGGUGUGUGUCCACUUCAUGGGGCCACGUUUGCCCUAUGAGCCAGCAUCCUCUCUUUGGAGCAAUGUCCUCACAGUGGGUCUCCAUACCCCUAUGGGGCCAUGCCUGUCCCAGUGAGGCUGCGUUCCCACUGUGGGACCACAUCUGUCCUAUGGGGACAUGUCAGCCAUACAGGGCUGCAUCCCGACAGCGCUGGGGGGCACAGACCAUGGGUCCCACUGUGACUCUGCCCUCUCCCCAGAACGGCAGCACCGCACCUGGCAUGGAGCGUGCAGGAGAGAAGCAGAGCCCUGUGGACUAUGGGGUCCAGAUCCGCUUCAUCAAUGACCUCCAGGAGCCCAAGAAGGCCCCAAAGGCGCGUGCCAAGCCGGGCUCCUACGGGGUGGCCGUGCGCGUGCAGGGCAUCGCGGGGCAGCCCUUCGUCGUCCUCAACAGUGGUGAUAAGGGCGGCGACUCCUUUGGGGUGCAGAUCAAGGGCGACAGCUCCUACCCUGCAGGAACCCCCAGCACACGGCACCCAGAGCUGCCCCAUGAGCCGGACCUCCCCGAGAACCCCUAUGUGCACCCACAGCCUUCCUACAGCAUGUCGGAUGAAGAGCACGGUGCCGCCCCAGUGCCCACCCGGCACAAACCCCGUAGCAAGAUGGGGUCUGAGCUGCGCCGGACGCGGUCCCACGGCAACCUGCUGGCCGCCACCGAUGCACCCAUGGCCCCCGGCUCCAGAAGCAGCAGCACGCUGAGCAUUGCCCACGCCACACACCGCGAAGGCUCCGGGUUUGGGGUCACCCCCUCAGACUCAGAGAGCCCGGGGUCGCAGCACGCGGGUGGUGACAUUGACACCGAACCACUCUCCUCGGUGAACUCGCUCAUCAGUAAGUUUGAUGGCAAGGUGCAGCAGCGUGGCCGCGCGGCACGGCGGUCCCGCGUGGCCCCGGAGGAGAGGAAGCGCUCGCAGAGCCUGGACGCCCGCAGCACCGUUCCCGAUGGCCGCACCGUGAGCGCACCGUCCCCACUGCCCACCGGGGCGGGCAGGAGCACGGCGGUGAAUCGUGGCACUGAGGAGCGGCCGCAGAGCAAAGCCCAGACAGAGCUGCAGCUGAAGUCAACACCGGACCUGCUGCGGGACCAGCAGGAGGUGGCCCAGCCCGGCAGCAGCGAGGACCCCAAGGAGCUCAUCUAUGGGAUCCUGAAGGAGGGGAGCAGGGACAGCGGCGCGAUGCUGAAGAGGAAGGCUGCGCUGGUGCUGGAGAAGCUGCAGGAGGUGGCGGCGCCCACCAAGGGGACGGCGUGCUCCCAGCCCCAGCACCACGCUUUGGCCCAGAAGGUGGAGGAGCUGCAGAAGAGGUUGGACGAGGAGAGCAAGCUCCGCCAGAAGCUGGAGCUGACCAAGGACCACGGCACCACGCGGGCGCUGGAGGAGGCCCAGGAGGAGAGUGGGCGGCUGCGGGCAGCGCUGGAGAGGAGAAUACAGGAGCUGCAGAGGAGCACGAAGGAGCUCGGGGAGGCAAAGGCGGCACAGGCUCGGGCAGAGGAGCAGCUGAAAGCAGCGCGCGCAGAGAUGAGGACAGCACCAGACACCGACACUCUGUACAAGGAGCUGGAGGAGGCCCGGGAGGAGCUGGAGGAGGCCCUGAGCUCCCGGCAGCGGUUGGAGGAGCACCUGCGUCUGCGGGAACGGGAGCUGACGGCACUGAAAGGGGCUCUGAAGGAGGAGGUGGCCAACCACGACCGCGAGCUGGAGCGCGUACGGCUGCAGUGCCACAGCGACAUGGAGCAGCUCCGGCGCAGCGUGGAGGACAUCUCGCAGAACCGGGCUGACCUGGAGUCAGAGAAGCAGAAGAUUGGCGCAGUGGUGCGGAACCUUCAGCGUGAACUGGAGGAGAGCGCAGAGGAGACGGGGCAUUGGAGGGAGAUGUUUCAGCGGAACAAGGAUGAGCUGCGCGCUGCCAAGCAGGAACUGCUGCAGGUGAAGAUGGAGCGGGAGGAGUUCGAGGAGGAGCUGCGGGAGCUGCGGGAGCGCUUCACGGCUGCACGGGAGGAGGUGGAGAGGGCGCGGAGCAGCGCAGCUGACCCCGGAGAGAUGGAAGCGCUGCGCACGGAGCUGCGCCGGGCGCGAGAGGCACAGUGGGAGCUGGCGCAGGAGAAGGAGCAGCAGGAGGAGGUGGUGCGGCAGCGGGAAGAGGAGCUGCAGGCGCUGCGCAGCACUGUGCGGGACGAGGCCCAGAGCCACAGCGGAGCCAUAGAGCAGUGCCACCGUGACAUGGAGCGGCUGCGAGAGGAGAGGGACGAAGCUGUCAGGGCGAAGGUUUCCCUGGAGAGCGAGAGGGAGGCAGCGGAGGCGGCACUGCGGGAGCUGCAGGAGCAGCAUGAGGAGCUGAGGAGGAAGGUGCAGGGCUUGGAGACGCAGCUGAAAGACUACGAGCGCAUGGGGGAAAACUGGGAGGGCUCCCAGGCCCGGCUCCGCGAGAAGGUCACCAAACUGGAGGCAGAGCGCAGGCGCGCGGAGGAGUCAUUGGGUGAAGCCACGGACCGUGAGCAGGAGCUGCUGCGGAUGCAGCGGACGCUGGAGACGCGUCUAGACGAGGCGCAGAGGGGAAUGGCGCGGCUGACGCAGGAGCAGCGGGAGCUGAGCGCGUCCCUCCAGGACGAGCAGAGGCAGAAGGAGCAGCUGAAGCGUGCAAAGAACGAGCUGGAAGAGCAGAAGCGGCUGCUGGACCGCAGCACCGAGAAACUGAACAGAGAGCUGGAGCAGAUGACAGAGGAGUCCAACCGCUCGCUGGCCGCGCUCAAGGCUCAGCUGGAGGAAUGCAAGGAGAAAUCCCGCAAGGAGAUCACUGAUUCCCAAAAACAAGCCAAGGACCGCAGUGCCGAGGUGGAGAAGAUGCAGUUCAGUGUAGGACGGCUGCAGGACGAGGUCGCCAGGCUGAAGCAGGCGCUGCAGGACAGCCAGGCAGAGCGGGAUGGCGCGCUGCUGGAGCGGGACGUGAUGCUGCAGCGCCUGCGUGGCCUUGAGGAGGAGGCGGAUGCCAAGAGGCGCUCCCAGGACGACCGCUCGCGGCAGCUCAAGGCACUGGAGGAGAAGUCCAAGCGCCUGGAGGAGGAGCUGGAGGAGGAGCGAAGCACGGCUGAGCUGCUGACCGAGCGCGUCAACCGCAGUCGCGACCAGAUUGACCAGCUGCGUGCUGAGCUGCUGCAGGAGCGCUCGAGCCGCCAGGACCUGGAGUGCGACAAGGUCUCGCUGGAGCGCCAGAACAAGGAGCUGAAGAGCCGCCUGGCCAGCUCCGAGGGCAUGCAGAAGGCAGGCGGCUCCGUCUCACAGCUGGAAGCACGCCUGGAGGAGCUGCAGGACCGGCUGCAGGCUGAGGAGAGGGAGAAGAGCGUCCUCCAGUCCUCCAACCGCAAGCUGGAGCGCAAAGUGAAGGAGCUGACCAUCCAGAUCGAUGACGAGCGGCAGCAUGUCAAUGACCAGAAGGACCAGCUGAGCCUGCGCGUGAAGGCGCUGAAGCGGCAGGUGGACGAGGCCGAGGAGGAGAUCGAGCGGCUGGAGGCCGCCCGCAAGAAGGCGCAGCGGGAGCUGGAGGAACAGCACGAGCUCAACGAGCAGCUGCAGGGCCGUGUCAAGGCGCUGGAGAAAGAUGCCUGGCGCAGAGCCGCCCGCGCGGCUGCCGACUCCUCACUGCAGGACGAUGCGCUCAGCUCCGAUGAGGACCUGGACAGCGCCUACGGACCCUCCUCCAUCACUUCACUGCUCAACGAGGCCAACCUGCAGACUAGCUCCUGCUGAGCCCCACGGAGCCCCCAGGGCUGCAGGAACUGCUCAGAGACCUCUGCCCCACGGGCGUCUGCCAUCGGCCCUCUUCCUCUUCGUGGCUUUUUGGCCGCUGGUGGCUGUGGGGAUAGAGCCCGUGGUCCCCAGGGAGCACCACUGCCCCUCAGCUCCCAUUUAUUUUUAUAUGCAAUUGUCUCCCUCAUUCCUCCCCGCUCUUUUCCCUCUCAAAGUGCUAUUUUCAAUAAAACCACUCCAACCCCG